GGAACCAUCUUGAUCGGGUUGAGGCCGGAGACUUUGGCUGUGACACGGCGCAGUGGGCGGGACCUUACCUCCGAUCAGGGGAGAGAGUUCAGUCUUUGGCGAGACUGAGGGUGAGUGGAAGAGAGAAAGGGACCGGGGGUGCUCUUCAGAGAACGGGAUCUACAUCCAUGGUGAUCUCCGGCUCUGUGGGUGAUCCUCAGUCACCAUGAAAGACUAGGCACUCAGCUCUCCAAGGGGGAAUGGCUUGUUUUCUAUCAUCCCUGCCCUGCUACCUGGCGUAUGACUCCAGCUGCCUGUGAAGGGCCUGUCAGCUGUUUAUGGGAACUACUACUUGGUUUGCACUGUUGAGGAUUUAAGCUUUUUCCAGGACAACCCUCCCCCUUCUUCUUUUUUUGCGCGCGUUAUUUUUACCCCCCGCUGUCGAGCCCAACGCAACAACGCUUUGCAAUAGAGUGGGGAGGCGCUGAGACAAUGGCAAACAACUCGUACAGUGGGGUGAAGAACUCCAUGGUGGAGGCCAACCACGAUGGAGAGUUUGGCUGCACACUCAAAGACCUGCGCUCCCUUAUGGAACUGAGGGGCGCCGAGGCGAUAAGCAAAAUUGGGGAAUCUUACGGGGAUGUUCAAGGACUCUGCGGCCGGUUAAAAACUUCACCUGUAGAUGGUCUAAGUGGACAGCCUGCAGACAUCGAGAAGCGGAAAACAGUGUUUGGGCAAAAUUUGAUACCACCCAAAAAGCCCAAAACUUUCUUACAGUUAGUGUGGGAGGCGCUACAGGAUGUCACUCUGAUUAUCCUAGAAGUGGCAGCCAUAGUUUCACUAGGCCUUUCUUUUUAUAAACCUCCAGAUGCCAAAAGAGAAAACUGUGGAAGGGCUGCUGGAGGAGUGGAGGACGAAACCGAGUCGGAGGCGGGCUGGAUCGAGGGGGUGGCGAUUCUUCUUUCGGUCAUCUGUGUGGUGCUGGUGACGGCGUUCAACGACUGGAGUAAAGAGAAGCAGUUCAGGGGCCUCCAGAACCGCAUUGAGCAAGAGCAGAAAUUCACAGUCGUCCGUGGAGGACAAGUUAUCCAAAUUCCCGUGGCUGAGAUCGUGGUCGGCGACAUUGCACAAAUAAAAUAUGGUGAUCUUCUACCUUCUGACGGCGUCUUAAUCCAAGGCAACGAUCUGAAGAUUGAUGAGAGUUCACUCACAGGGGAGUCGGACCAUGUCAAGAAAACACAAGAAAAAGAUCCAAUGCUGUUAUCAGGCACCCAUGUAAUGGAAGGCUCAGGGAAAAUGCUGGUCACUGCUGUGGGUGUCAACUCUCAAACUGGAAUUAUCUUCACUCUACUCGGGGCCAGCGAAGAUGACGACGACGAGGAUGAAGAGGAAAAGAAAAAGGAAAAGGAGGAGAAGAAGAAACAGAGGAAAAUAAAAAAGCAGGAGGGGUCUGUGGAAAAUCGCAAGAAAGCUAAAGCUCAGGACGGUGCUGCGAUGGAAAUGCAGCCUCUGAACAGUGACGAGGGGGCGGAUGCAGAGGAGAAAAAGAAAGCCAACCUGCCAAAGAAGGAGAAGUCUGUUCUCCAGGGCAAACUGACCAAACUGGCUGUGCAGAUCGGCAAAGCAGGGCUGGUUAUGUCGGCCAUCACUGUUAUCAUCCUGGUGGUGCUGUUUGUCGUGGACACCUUCUGGAUCCAGAAUCUGCCCUGGGACAAGGACUGCACUCCCAUUUACAUCCAGUUCUUUGUGAAAUUCUUCAUCAUUGGCGUCACUGUCCUGGUGGUGGCUGUUCCCGAGGGCCUGCCACUCGCCGUGACGAUUUCCCUGGCGUAUUCCGUGAAGAAAAUGAUGAAAGACAACAACCUGGUGCGUCACUUGGAUGCCUGUGAGACAAUGGGCAACGCCACAGCCAUCUGCUCUGACAAGACCGGCACCCUCACCAUGAACCGCAUGACUGUGGUGCAGGCCUACAUCGCGGACAAGUACUACAGGAAAGUCCCCGAACCAGAGAACAUCGCCCCUUCCAUUUUGGAUCUCCUCAUCCUGGGUAUUGCAGUCAACUGCGCCUACACCACCAAGAUCAUGCCUCCAGAGAAAGAAGGAGGCCUGCCGCGGCAAGUGGGUAACAAGACGGAAUGUUCCCUGCUCGGCUUUUCUAAUGACCUGAAGCGCGACUACCAGACCAUCCGCAACGAGAUACCCGAAGAGAAACUGUACAAAGUCUACACCUUCAACUCGGUCCGCAAGUCCAUGAGCACAGUGUUGAAGAUGGCUGAUGGCAGCUACCGCAUGUUCAGCAAAGGAGCCUCGGAAAUCCUCCUAAAAAAGUGCUAUAAAAUCCUGACAGCAAACGGCGAGUCUAAGGUGUUUCGCCCACGGGACAGAGAUGACAUGGUUAAGAAGGUGAUCGAGCCCAUGGCCUCAGAGGGCCUGAGGACCAUCUGCCUCGCGUACAGAGAUUUCCCCAUGUCGGAGGGCGAGCCUGACUGGGACAAUGAAAACGAUAUCCUCAGCGGACUGACCUGCCUCUGCGUGGUGGGCAUCGAAGACCCCGUGAGACUUGAGGUCCCAGACGCCAUCAGGAAAUGCCAGCGCGCCGGCAUCACGGUGCGAAUGGUGACUGGGGACAACAUCAACACGGCCCGAGCCAUCGCUUCCAAGUGCGGCAUCCUACAACCCGGCGACGACUUCCUCUGCAUUGAGGGCAAAGAGUUCAACCGAAGGAUACGCAACGAAAAAGGAGAGAUUGAGCAAGAACGCAUUGACAAGAUCUGGCCCAAACUACGAGUACUGGCUCGUUCGUCACCCACAGACAAACACACCUUAGUGAAAGGUAUUAUAGACAGCACAGUGAUAGAACAACGACAAGUAGUGGCAGUGACGGGAGAUGGUACAAAUGAUGGUCCUGCCUUGAAGAAAGCUGAUGUUGGCUUCGCCAUGGGUAUCGCUGGCACAGACGUAGCCAAGGAGGCAUCUGACAUCAUCCUGACCGACGACAACUUCUCCAGCAUCGUCAAAGCCGUCAUGUGGGGACGCAAUGUCUACGACAGCAUCUCCAAGUUCCUCCAGUUCCAGCUCACCGUCAACGUGGUGGCCGUCAUCGUCGCUUUCACCGGCGCCUGCAUCACACAGGACUCUCCACUGAAAGCAGUCCAGAUGCUGUGGGUCAACCUGAUCAUGGACACCUUCGCCUCUCUAGCUUUGGCCACAGAGCCCCCCACAGAAGCCCUGCUGCUAAGGAAGCCAUACGGCCGCAACAAGCCCCUCAUCUCCCGCACCAUGAUGAAGAACAUUCUUGGCCAGGGAGUGUACCAGCUCAUCAUCAUUUUCUCCCUGCUCUUUGCUGGCGAGAAAAUAUUUGAUAUCGACAGCGGCAGGAACGCGCCCCUCCACGCCCCGCCCUCCGAACACUACACCAUCGUCUUCAACACAUUUGUGCUGAUGCAGCUCUUCAACGAGAUCAAUGCCCGCAAGAUCCACGGGGAGAGGAACGUCUUUGACGGCAUCUUCAACAACCUCAUCUUCUGUAGUAUUGUCUUUGGUACCUUCAUCAUCCAGAUUGUCAUAGUGCAGUUUGGAGGGAAGCCAUUCAGUUGCGUGGCGCUGACCAUCGACCAGUGGCUGUGGUGCACCUUCUUAGGCUUUGGCUCUCUACUAUGGGGACAGGUGAUCUCCACCGUACCCACCAGCCGCUUAAAGUUCUUGAAGACGGCGGGCCACGGCACCCAGAAGGAGGAGAUCCCCGACGAGGAGCUGGACGAGCUGGACGACAUGGAGGAGAUCGACCACGCUGAGCGGGAGCUGCGCAGAGGCCAGAUCCUCUGGUUCCGGGGCCUCAAUCGCAUCCAGACUCAGAUGGAUGUAGUGAGUGCGUUCCAGAGUGGAACUUCCUUUCAGGGGGCUCUAAGGCGGCAGGCCUCCAACUCCAGCCAACAGCAGCACGAUAUCCGGGUGGUGAAUGCAUUCCGCAGCUCCAUCUCCCUCUAUGAGGGGCUGGGGAAGCCCGAGUCGCGAUCAUCGAUCCACAACUUCAUGAACCACCCCGAGUUCCGGAUAGAGGACUCCGAGCCCCACAUCCCCCUCAUAGACGACACGGACGCGGAGGACGACGCUCCCACCAAGCGCAACUCGGCCAGCCCCCGCAACGCCACGCCCACGCCGCCCUCGCCCUCACCGUCGCCCUCGCCCACGCCCACGCCCACGCCCGUCAACAACAACGCCGCCCCCACCACGCCGGUCUCGCCCUCCCCAAACCAGAACAAUAACGCUGUGGAGAGCAGCAGCAACCACCUCCUCCCGGAGGGCCCCAAAUCAGGAACCCCCUCGGCCCCGGGGAGCCCCCUACACAGCUUGGAGACCUCCCUUUGAUCUGACCCCCCCUCCCCCCCUCCUCUGCUCUGCACAUCACCACCACAAUUCUACCCGCCGCCACGGAGCUCGACAGAACGAAGGAACACUCGGAGAGGAGAGGCGGAGGGCCGGGAGGGGGGCGGAGUCUCGCGUGAGCUCGGCUGGCGUUGGACUCACAGAACAGCAGACAUUCAGAGGAAUGUACGGCUUGGUGUGGACGCUUUGUUCUUCUUUUCAUUUUUGGUUCUUAUUAAAUACCCCCGCCGCAACACAAGGACUCCGACCCUCCCUUCUCGACAACUUUUGUUUUUUCUCGGUAAACAAAGGGGUGAUUAUAAACUCAGAUUGAAAGUGACCUGUUUUUAUUAUUCUAUUAUUAUUAAUAUUAUUAUUAUUUUAAUUGAGAAGGGGGGGGCGUCGUCCUCCCGGCUUGAAGAUCGUCUGUAAGAAUUCUGAACGAACCUUUUAGCUUCUCUUUUAUCUGAAUGGUGUUGUAUAUUUAUCUCUCUGGCCCUUUUGCUCAUUCAAAACGUAUUUCUGCUCCAUUGGCUGUUAAUAUUUUUGAGUUAUUUAUGUUUUUUGGAAAAAGCAGGUCUGUUUACAAAGUUUGUAGAUACUUUUUUUUUUUCUGUUUGUAGGCAAAAGAGCUUCCUGAUGUAUGAUGCAGAAAACUGGGACAGAAGAAAACAAACGAAUGAGAGGAUUAUUUCAGAUACUGCUGUAUUUUCAGGAAAAAAGGGGUGUUUCUAUUGAAACUUAACUAUUUUUGCCUGCAAGUUUUAUUUGUUAUAUAUUUGUAGAUAUAUAUAGAAAAACCUCUAGCCAAACCGUUAAACACUAAGGCUUGUAUAGAAAGAGGUUUACCGGGGCGAGGUGCUUCUCACAGGAGACGGGAUGGGACAGACGAUUCGGGCCUCUGUACACUAACAUCGCUAUAAAUAUUUACUUCUUCCAUUUCUUCGAUAGUUUUCAUGUGCACAAAACCUUCUGGAGCUCUGGAUUCUCUUUUCAUUCAUUACGUUGUGUUCGAGGAUUUCCACAUGUUGAAAGGUUCACUCAUUUAAAGGGAUUUUUUUAGGAGAAAAAAUAAAAAGGCCCGGGCCCCGUAUUUAGCAAGCAUCCCGAGCACGGGAGCAGGAAGUUUGGACUGGGGAAACAAAAGUCUUACCUCAAGAGUCGGACGCGAGGUCGCGAAGAAGCCUCCGACGGUCACGUUCAGCAGGAGGUUCAGAGUUUUUCCUUUUAGAUUUUUGUGGUUUUACUAGUUGUUCUUGUUGUUGUUGUUAUUAGUUAGUUAGUUACAUCCAGAAGAGGCUGAUGUAGAUGAUUAAAUGGCGGAAAAAGACAAAUAAUUUAUGCACAUUAAGGCUAAAAACAAUUUGCCAAAACUCACCAGUUGAAACUAGCGCUGUUCAACCAGUGCGCCUAUUUAUUUUUGGAAUCAGAAGUUCAUAUAGAGUAAACAUGAAUGUGCCUUGGCUAUAAUAAUAAUAAUAAUUUAGACGAGUGCUUGGUCCCGUCGUUUACCACCUCCAGAAAACUCCUUGCAGAUAACAGUAGAACCACACAAGCCUCAUUCUGAAAGUUCUGGGCCUGUCGGGACGGAUCUCCUGCCUCUGGAUGCUUGACAGAUAUGGAUCCUGGUUCAUCGUUAUUUCAAAUUGGUGCAUUUUAUUUCUUUAAAAAAAAGGUUAGUGUUUUUUCCAGCAAAACGUCAGCCCCCUGCCAAUGUACAAUACUGACAUUUGUUUACUCAGGCAUAGAAAAAAGUAUUUAACUUAAAAGAAAUCCAUAAAGGAAGAAAAAUAAACGACCAUUUAACAUCAGCCUUUGUGUAUUUAAAUAGUCAAACAUUGUCUUGGUCAAAAAGCAGGUGAAUUACUUUCAUAUUUCAUUCAGUCUUUAAGAUAAUGCUUUAGGGGAAGAACAAAAAAACAACUUAAUUUCAUCCUCCGAGUUCUUGUUUGUUGAUCUUUUUAAAAAUUAAAAACAGGGAAAAAAUUUUAUUGUUUUUUUGUUUCUUUGUUUUUUCAGCCCAGUCCACACGACUCCUUUCAACACGAAUAAAUGUUGCUGCAUUUGAUCUGUUUGUAAAGUAUUUUUGACACCUGAUGUACUGGAAUUGCUAAAGAAUUGGACAUGAGCAUUUUUCAAGAAUAAAGACUAUAGGCAUACACUGGUAUCGAUCAGCACAGGGUACUUUUAUUCCAUAGCGUUGCGGCGGGGAGGAGUAAAAAUAAUUUUGAUACAAAUCAGAAAUAAGAGAUGUACCUUUGUAUUUUUAUGACAAUACUGAUGAUACCUGUCAUCGCACUAAGGCGAUUUUGGAUGAUUUGACACCAAUCACGUUCUAUGGGUGAGGGGGUUUGGCCACUAAAAAAAACGUGUUGUUGUUCUGGAAAUAUUCAUCUCAGGGUGCAAAUGGUGUGAAAGAGAACAGGCUUCUUUUAGUUUGUCGCUUAAUUCAAUGUUUGGGUCGGUGGUUGUCGAAACACACGGGACGGCUCCGGCCGCAGGCUGCAGAUUGUUCCUGCAGCCUCCUGGCUGAAGGGGCCGUGGACGGGGGGGAGGGGAGGGGAUGGGGAGGGGGAUGAAAAUGUUAAAUCGCAGCGUUCUCCGAGGAAAUGGUUUGUUUCCCUUGUUUUACAGACGACAAAACAGCAGCUAGGAUUGCAAAGAAAGUGAGAAAUUUUAAAAGAAAAAAAUAGACGAGCGGGAAUCCACAUGAGGAGUUUGUUCUGUAGCUUCUUCCUGUAAUGGGAAUGAAUGUUUUUUUUUUUUUCCAUCUGUUUUAUUUUUUUUAUCUUUUAACAUUUGGAAAUAAAAAGUACUUCAUGUCUGUUUAUCUUGAGCAUUUUAAAUGGAUAUCGUGAUUGGAUUUACAUUUGAAACUUGUCGAGUAAUGUGUAUGGUUUUUAAAAAUAAAAAAUUGUAUUUAGCCUAA